AAAUUCUGGAGGAAUUGUGCAUAGUGUUUCUGUUUUCUGUUCCGACGCUGACUUUCUGCUUCUCUUGUAGAUGAGGCGCGGUCCAACCAGAAGGGCGUCCUUGUGCACUGUCUGGCGGGAGUGAGCCGCUCCGUCACCAUCACCGUCGCCUACCUCAUGUACAAGAUGUCGCUCAGCCUCAACGACGCCUUCAACCUGGUACGGUCGCGCAAGUCCAAUAUCGCGCCCAACUUCCACUUCAUGGAGCAACUGUACAACUUCGAGCGGGAGCUGCAGACCCAGCCAGGCUGGGGCCACUCUCGGGGCGACUCGGUCGAGUCUGUGAGCGACCCGAUCGGGCUGGCCUCCCCCGCGGACAGCCUCGUGGACAGCUUGGCCACACCGGACUCGUCCGGUUCAGGGCUGGUCCCAAGGCGGAGCCCUGGGCCAGGACCGGAUGCGGACCUGGAGGACGGCGAUGACCGAGGGGGAGGAGCGCGGAGCCGACUGCGACACCGCCCGAGUGCUGGCGGCAGCAGGCAGUGUCCGCAGUGCUCUGCGUCGUCCUCCGAGUGCAAGUGCACGGCCACGCAACUACCCCAGUUCCUCAGCCCCCUGGGCAUCGGCCAGAGUCCGGACUCUGGCAUCGAAUUCGACAGGUGGACGAGCUCCAGCACCCCCGGGUCCGCACCCGCUCCCAGCGGUGGGCCGUGCUCAGGCCCGGGUCCGGGCUCGGGGGCCGAUUGAGAAGAACAGGGGGGGACUCGCUACCGCUUCUAAACCCGACCCGACCUCGACACCGGAGGCAGUGCAGAGUGGGAGCUCUCGUGCCCGCUCGACUAACUGUUGGUCCAUCGACUGUCUCGGGCUCCAAUACUGGUACGACUCCCGCACCAUGUACUGACCUUGGCUGGUGGGACCAGUAGAGUGAACAAACAGAUACAAGGAAGAAUGCCGAUUUGAAAAAACAGACCUUUUAGGCGAAUUUUCUUUUUUAAUGAGAAUGAUCCUACUGACUGAUAAAAAUGGUGAUAGUGACAUCUUAUUCUUCCAGUUAAACUCAUGUGCCUCACUCUACUGGGUUUAGUCGGGAUCGUUUUGGAAGUGGUUGGCAUCCUCCCCUGUAUAGUGAAAAGCAACACACAUCGUUUGGACGAUGUGAGAGUUGUACUUGUGAUGUUAAUAGGUAUUGUUUUAAUUUGAUUUACAAAUGUAUCUUGUCAACAGAUAAGACUUAUGGUUGGAGCUCAAAAAUCAGUUUUCUGCAUGACUGCUUCACGAAUAAGAAACUUAUGUACAGGGUGAUUUCAAAAAGAUGAAAUGUCACCAACCAAACAACAGAAUUUUCAGAAACAAUUG